GCGUCCAACCGGACCUCGGCCGGCACGCAAACCCUAUCUUUCCCCACGCAAGGCACAGCACGAUCCUGCCGAAUCGUCCGCGCCGUGAAAAUGCGAACGCCUCGCCGCCCUGCUCCCAGGACAGACAUGCCAGGACAUGGCACGCGCCGUCUACAGUCUCCUCUCCUCUCGUCACGUACACUCUCUCUCUCCCUCACUCCCCGUGCAUCAUUUAUUUCUCUCCCUCUCUCUCCUCCCCGACACGGAAGUCGCUGUCGGACUGUCCUGUCCCCCACUCAACACUCCCCUCCCCCCUGCGCCACCUUUUCUUGGCUUUCCACCCGAGUAUCCGACCCGAGCUCCAAGAACUCGCGCACACACGCACGCCUUCCAAGCAGUCUCUCCCUCGGGGACCGGCCAGAGGCAAUGGCGGCGGAGGGUGCGGCGGCGGCGGCGGCGAGCGAGCCGGAGCUGGUGUCGAUCCCGGCGACGCCGCGGGGGCUGUCGACGCCAGAGGGCGCGGCGACGCCCACGGCGGCGGGGAGGAGUAAGGAGGCCGGGACGCCGGCGCGGCGGGUGGUGGAGGGCCUGCGCGGGUACCUGGAGGACGUGGGCCACAUCACGCGCCUCGACCCUCGCGACGCCUGGCUGCCCGUCACCGAGAGCCGCGGCGGCAACGCCCGGUACGCCGCGUUCCACUCCCUCAACGCCGGCCUCGGCUUCCAGGCGCUCCUGCUCCCGCUCGCCUUCCCGGGACUCGGAUGGAGCUGGGGGAUAAUAUCAUUAACUAUUGCUUAUUUCUGGCAACUGUACACACUCUGGAUCCUAGUGAAACUUCAUGAAGCUGUACCAGGCAGGAGGUACAACAGAUAUGUGGAGCUUGCACAGGCUGCAUUUGGAGAGAAACUGGGAGUUUGGCUGGCUCUUUUCCCAACUAUUUAUCUGUCAGCGGGGACUGCAACUGCGUUAAUCCUUGUUGGAGGGGAGACCAUGAAGCUGUUUUUCCAAAUAGUGUGUGGCCCACUCUGCUCGCCAAGUCCCAUUUCGACGGUCGAGUGGUACUUAGUGUUCACAUCCUUGGCAGUAGUUCUUUCUCAGCUUCCAAAUCUCAACUCAAUCGCUGGGCUUUCGCUCAUCGGUGGUGCAACUGCAAUAAUGUACUGUACCAUGUCCUGGGUCCUCUCCGUCAGCCAACCACGGCCACCGACAAUCUCUUAUGAGCCAGUGAAAUCCACUUCUUUUGGUACAUCCUUAUUCUCAACCUUGAAUGCCCUUGGGAUAAUAGCCUUUGCAUUCAGGGGGCACAAUCUUGCACUGGAAAUACAGGCAACAAUGCCGUCAACUUUUAAACAUCCAGCACAUGUGCCUAUGUGGCGCGGGGCCAAAGUCGCGUACCUUCUGAUUGCAAUGUGCCUCUUUCCCGUUGCCCUUGGUGGCUACUGGGCCUACGGAAACAUGAUGCCACAAGGAGGGAUACUGACUGCGCUCUACGCCUUCCAUAGCCACGACAUCCCUCGCGGCCUCCUCGCGGCAACGUUCUUCCUCGUCGUGCUCAACUGCCUCAGCAGCUUCCAGAUCUACUCUAUGCCCGUCUUCGACAGCUUCGAGGCCUACUACACAGGUCGCACUAACCGCCCGUGCUCCGUCUGGAUCCGGUCGGGGUUCAGGGUCUUCUAUGGGUUCCUCUCGCUGUUCAUCAGUGUUGCACUGCCCUUCCUCUCCAGCCUUGCCGGGCUAUUGGGAGGGCUGACCUUGCCCGUGACCUUCGCCUACCCGUGCUUCAUGUGGCUCCGCGUCAAGAAGCCGGAGAGGUUCAGCUUCAGCUGGUACCUGAACUGGGGCCUGGGAGUGCUUGGCACCGCGUUCAGCCUGGCCUUCUCCCUGGGUGGCGUCUGGAGCAUCGUGAACACCGGGAUGAAGCUCAAGUUCUUCAAGCCCAACUAGAUAUAUAGAUUACUUGUUCCCAUCUGCAAGUUAUUUGAAAUUAGUUUGUGGAACUGAAUGUUAUAUAUAUGGUUACGCUGCCCAGCUGCAUGCCUUGGGCAAGAACAAUGGCAUGUAUAUAAGUGAUGGCUGGGAAUGUCGAAAUGCAAGGGUUUUGAUAUUGCGAGUAUCGAGUAUUU